AUGGCCACAAUAGCCCUGGCCUUGCUCGCGCCUCUCCUUUAUACCAACACAAAUGCCUUGCCUAUUCAGAGCAAUGAAGGCCCCGCUUGGCAACCCUAUGGGUGUUACACUGACAACGUCGCGGCACGCACUCUGUCUGGUGCGGAGCUCGUCUCAGAAUCGAUGACUACGGCCACAUGCCAAGCCUUUUGCUUUUCCAAGGGGUACAAGUAUGCCGGUACAGAAUGGAGUCGCGAAUGCUUCUGUGACAACGAGUUCCGCAACGGAGGCGUCCGCACGAAUGAAGGAUGUGUUAUGAAAUGCACUGGAGCGGCCGACGAAGUCUGUGGUGGUGAUAUCCAUCUUACUGUCUACGAGAAUACUGGAAGCCUCUCUCCGCCACCGCUCAACUACGUCGAUUGGGAAUCCAAAGGCUGCUACACCGAUUCUGUUGCCAAUCGAGCCCUUCCAAACCAAGUCUACAUAGACGGGGACAUGACUGCGGACAAGUGCAUGUCCAAAUGCUUCAGCUUGGGCUACCCACUCGCCGGUGUCGAAUUCGCCCGCGAGUGCUUCUGCGGUAGUUCUAUUGGCUCUUCUGGAAUUCCAGUUACGAUUGGAUGUGAUAUGCAGUGCACUGGCAACGCAAACGAGAUUUGUGGUGGCGCAAACCGUUUGAAUAUAUUUCAGUACACCACCACUCCAUCUCCUCUUCCCUCGUCUGGCGGAUGGUCGCUCUACGGCGAAACUGGAUGCUAUACGGAUGUCGUCGCCAAUCGCGCACUCGGUCUUCGGGUCUAUGUCGACGGUGCGAUGACCGUGCCAAAGUGUACCGAAAAGUGCUUCUCUUUGAAAUACGGAUACGCAGGUGUCGAAUAUGCCGACGAGUGCUAUUGCUCCCACUCGAUUGGCUCAUCUGGCAUGCCGGCUGAGGAUGGAUGCACUAUGCCCUGCACUGGAGAUUUAUCUACCAUUUGUGGCGGCCCCGACAGAGUCAACAUCUACGAGUAUCAAGGCAAAGAUUUCCCAGCUGGUGCGACCGUCCUUGCAUCAUACAAGGAAUUUUCCAGUCAAGGCUGUUACACCGACUCCGUUCAAGCGCGUAUAAUGAACCAAGUUGGAGUUGACGAUCAGAUGACGGUGGAAACGUGUAUCGAUACCUGUAUUGCCGCUGGCUAUCACGUCGCUGGAGUUGAAUAUGGAAACGAGUGCUAUUGCUCGGCGACAUUGCCCGUGGAGAGCGCCAAAGCGACAGACAACUGUAUCAUGUCGUGCGCGGGAGACUCGGGUCAUCUUUGUGGGGGACCCAACCGCCUUAAUGUUUAUCAGUACCAAGUGCCUGGGUCAACUUCCACGGAACUUUCAGAGCAAUGCCGAGACACCGACAUCUACGACCUCGAAUAUUAUCUCAACAUCUACAGAUACGACUGUUUUCAGACUGCAGCACCUACCAUCAUUCUUCCCCACUGGGAUACGGUGGGAUGUAUCACAGGCUGGGACCCGAGCACCAAUUCCAAGUACUCGAUGAAAUUUGGACCCUAUCUUUCUACUACCAUGUGUGAGAAUCAAUGCAUUCAUAGAGCACCAGGCUCAUGGUAUGCUUCGGUGCGUGACGGGUGGUGCUACUGUUAUGAAACAGAGCCUCUGGCCGCUUAUGACGCCACCUCGGACGCAUGUAACACGCCAUGCCCCUCGGACCCUCGGCAGAUGUGUGGAGGCACCUCUGCUACUGUUCUCAAAUUUACGCCUCCAUCACUACCCACUCCAGGAUCAUACAACGACUGGACAUAUGUCGGCUGUGGCGAGGGAACAUUCAACUGGGAUAUUAGAAGCCCACGUACCUCUCUGACCGCAGACACACCAGCUUACGAAACAUGUCUGGACUAUUGUGGACAAAACGGAUCUGUCGCCGCUCUCCAGGAUACACUUUGUCUCUGUCUUUCGUCUAUUCCGGGAGAGCUCACAUACGGAUCGGAUUUGUGUCUCUCCACUGUUGGCACAAACCCCUUGGAGAUUGUCGGCACAGCUGACUGGCAAUCCAACAUCAAAUCGACCUUCCAAGUAUUCCAACGGGUGGCAUCAACUAGCAGUACAACGUCCACUCCGACACAGGCAUCUACCAGUGCAUCCACAGACGUCGCUUCUACACAAACAAGCGUUCCUCUUAGCCCGCCAUUCUUUGCAGAACUUGGCUGCAGCAGUGACAUAGACCUGGAUUCAGCGCCCGUUUCUUUACCAUUGGGAGAUGACCUCAGUCACCAAUUGUGCGGUGUGCUGUGCACUUAUUACAUGGCGACGUAUGCAGCCUUAAAUCAAGGGGUUUGCUAUUGCUUUGACCAGGAACCCACCGCUACGUUCAAUGCUGGAGGAUCGUGCAACACGCAUUGCCCUGGCAACUCGGACACUCUAAACGAGUCAUGUGGAGGAUCAGGACGCGAGGCAACGGUUUUAAGAUACUCUCCUCCGCCGAGGAAUAUUGCUUUUCCACAAGGAUGGUCGUCCCUAGGCUGCGCUGCAAACGUUCUCUUACCGAGCAAUCCUGAAACGGUCCACGAGAAUAUGCCUGAAGACGAACCUGCCUAUGACCAUUGCCUCAAUUUCUGUGCCGACAAGGGGAAUUAUGCCUUGCUAAUUGGACCUCACUGUUACUGUCAGACCGCCGUCCCGGAGGAUCAAACAUUUGAUUCACCUCUUUGCAUCUCGCAAUAUGGUAGCAACCUGGGAGAUGCAGUCGGCACAAUACACAGUUGGAAUUCUGCACUAAACACGUAUCAAGUGUUUGUCCAGACCCGCACCAAGUAA